AUGGGAGACAAACUCAUGGAGCCCUGGCUACAACGGCAGUUACAGACAGCGCCUUUGAGGCAUGAUAUCAAAACCAUAAUACAGGAUAUUCUAGGUGAUGUGCCCAGUCAUAUCACUUACCUGGGCAUUACUCUCGACCCCACUCUAACCUGGACCCAGCAUAUUAAACAUAUAGCUGCUCGCACGGGCAUCAUCUUUCAUACCUUUGCCAAGUAUGCCAAAAAUAAAUGGGGCCUCAAUUCAGAGGCAAUGGGGACCAUCUACGACCACAUAUUUAUUCCUACCAUCACUUACGCUUGCGGCACCUGGGGUCAAGCCGCUCAAAAAGUUCAUCCUAGACGUGCACUCACCUCUGCCCAACACCUGUUUUCCGAUGCAGAAUCAAUAGAUGACUUUACGGACGAUGCCCGACCAAUUGACCUGUUUUCCGAUGCAGAAUCAAUAGAUGACUUUACGGACGAUGCCCGACCAAUUGACCUGUUUUCCGAUGCAGAAUCAAUAGAUGACUUUACGGACGAUGCCCGACCAAUUGGUCUGACACUCCAUGCAACAACAGCAGAAGCCGAACGACUAAAAAGGCAAUAUCCGGAAAAUGAGAAACUGAUUGCCAACAUCCCCAGCCGUUUUUUCGAAGUCAUAUAUCCAGUUCAAGUCAGGCACCAUCAGAAACUUGGAAUUUCCACCCGAGAUGCCACAGCUAACAAAACUGGGAAACAUUUUCAUCAAACGUCAUUACUUAUCAAAGCCUUCAACUAUAAAUUCCGUUUAGAAUUGGAAUUAAAUACACAUUUACUUGCUCCAAAUUUAAUUCAAAAACAUUUCCUACCUGAAGGUGCUCAACAGAUUUCCACCCAGGAAAUUGAACAAUGUUAUUAUCAUGGUACCAUCAAAGAUUAUCCAGGUGCUCUGGCUGCUCUGAGAACCUGCAAUGGAGUUAGUGGAAUCAUUCAUGUAGAAAAUGAAACAUUUGUCAUCCAUCCAUUUUAUGGAGGUGAUUUAUCGAGGAAACAUCCACAUGUAUUAUAUAGGUAUUUUACAGAAAAUAAAGGAAAGCAUACGUGUGGAAAUACUGGAAUGCAUGAAUGGGGCUUCAAGCAGUUUAGGAUACGUCCUAUAAAAUACAAACGUGAUGUAAGUCAAGUAUUCAAAUACAUUGAAUUGGCACUUGUUAUUGAUCAAGCUAUGUUCGAUAAUAGAAAUGCUACCAGAUCUGAAGUGGUAAAUGAUGCAAUUCAGAUAAUAAAUUGUGUUGAUAUGUUCGAUAAUAGAAAUGCUACCAGAUCUGAAGUGGUAAAUGAUGCAAUUCAGAUAAUAAAUUGUGUUGAUAUGACCAGCUCCUUUGUUUUAGUGAAGACCCUCUUCCUCAGAAGGACUGGUCUGACAGAUGGAUGGAGGCAAUCCGGAGAUAUGAAGAAGGGAGAGAACUAUCUAUUGGCUGGAGAGAUGAUCACUUUGGACAUGGAUUACAAAGCAAAGGAAGGAGUCAAUGGACAGAAUAGAAUACAGCCUUAUCACUUCUCUGCAUGUAGCCUGCAAGAUUACAUUAAUGCCCUUCGUAUUGGUCACGGUAUUUGUCUUUUUAACAAACCUAACCAAUUAGAAGACUUUCGUUCUUGUGGGAAUGGAGUUAUUGAAGAAGGUGAACAGUGUGACUGUGGAAGCAUAGAGGAAUGUCUUCAGUCCGAUCCAUGCUGCGAUCCGAUAACUUGUAAGUUGCGUGUUGAAGCAGAAUGCUCUACGGGUCCUUGCUGCGAGAACUGCAAAUUGAAGCAUGCUGGACACCUCUGUCGUCCUGCUGCCAGUGAAUGUGACAUACCAGAAUAUUGUGAUGGUAAAGUGGGCCAGUGUCCUGUUGAUGUGUACAAGAAAAAUGGAAACAUGUGCAACAAUGCAGCUGGAUAUUGUUAUCAUGGAAAUUGUCCUACUCCAAACAAACAGUGUGAAUUCAUCUGGGGAUUUGGUGCAGUAUCUUCUGACAAAAAAUGUUACAGUCAGUUUAAUACACAAGGAAGUAUUAAUGGAAAUUGUGGUGUAGAUCCUUAUAUUAAAGGAGCUUAUAUUAAGUGUACAAAAGAGAAUUCCUUAUGUGGAUCUCUGCAAUGUCAGCAGGGCACAAGAAAUCCAAUUGUGGAAGAAAUGGAAGAUCAGUAUUCACGCACAAUAGUUUCCAUCGAAGGAAAAGAAUUUGAGUGCAAAGUUGCCAGUGGAUCAAUUGGUGGAAUUUCCGAUAUGGGAAUGGUUAUAGAUGGUACCAAGUGUGCCGAAAAUAAAAUAUGUGUCAAUCAGACUUGUGUCAACUUAGAACAGUUCAUGGAGCCAGGAAACUGCCCUACUAACAAUGUGGCCCUUAUGUGUUCGGGUCAUGGCGUUUGCUCAAAUCUCAAUACGUGUUAUUGUGAUAAAGGAUGGGUUUCGAGAGAUUGUAGCCAACGUGUGAGUGAUUUUUAUCCAAUUUCUGGAAAAGGGAUGCCCGAAAUAUACACUACAGUGGCUCCCGUUUCAGAAACAACUCCGUAUUGGAAGAAGAGCAUUGUUGCAAAAACAACUCCUUAUGUGGGAAAAAAAGCAUCUAUAAGUGCAACAUCAUUAGUCAUUGUUCUUGUUACCAUUGUCGGUGGGGUCUUCAUGUUUUUUACAUUACUUGCUACUUGUUACAGACGCCACAGUUUACUGCCAAAAAGAGAAUCAUCUCAUUUUAAGAAGCGUUUAACCAAAAAAUUUGGUAUUACAAAUAAAAAAGAUGAAGAAUCACAAGAAAACGUCAACAGAAUAAUAACUUUUGGAAGUAUGCCUUCGUACAGGGAAGACAAAUUGCAGGAGUUGAGGCGUCAGCGUCGAGAAAAGGAUUCGGAAGAAGGAGAGGAACGAGAGCCCACCGACGAAACUUCCACUUUCAUCGAAGUGUCGUCGAACGACCUGUCGAAAACACCCGAGAAAGGAAUACUGAAACACCAGGAGAAAGACAAGUGGAGCGACGAAGCUUCUCAGUCGGACAACCAAGAGGUAACGCAAUUAGUUAAUAAUAUCGACGGCGGCGACGACGGUCUGACCGAAGUGGAAAGGACACUAAAGACGUUGAACGGUUAUCACGAGGAGAUACUCGAGGCGUUGCAAACCGCCUCCUCCUAUCGUUCGGGGGAGAGCGGAUCGGCCACGCCUCAGGACGAAGGCAGGGACGAGUCUCCACCACCCAACGGCGUCCAAGACGAAGACGGCGUCCAGUCCGGCGGACCCAUUCGAAUUCGCAACCUGGAGGAUCUCCUGUGUCAACUGGAGCAGCACCCCGACCAGCAGCAGCAACAACAACAACAACAGCAGCGCCACGUCUCGCCCACCCUGUCCGAAGAGAUUCGUCUGAGCGUGCCCGAAGCCGACCGCCAGUACCUGCUGGAGAGGAAGGACAUUUCGGACAUGGCCAAGCACCACCUGGAAACGGGUCUGGGUUACUUGCUCGGACACAUCCAGCCUCCCUCCGCUAACACCAAAUCGCCGCGUUACUCCANCUGUGACCCCAUGUCCUGCAGGGAAGACAAAUUGCAGGAGUUGAGGCGUCAGCGUCGAGAAAAGGAUUCGGAAGAAGGAGAGGAACGAGAGCCCACCGACGAAACUUCCACUUUCAUCGAAGUGUCGUCGAACGACCUGUCGAAAACACCCGAGAAAGGAAUACUGAAACACCAGGAGAAAGACAAGUGGAGCGACGAAGCUUCUCAGUCGGACAACCAAGAGGUAACGCAAUUAGUUAAUAAUAUCGACGGCGGCGACGACGGUCUGACCGAAGUGGAAAGGACACUAAAGACGUUGAACGGUUAUCACGAGGAGAUACUCGAGGCGUUGCAAACCGCCUCCUCCUAUCGUUCGGGGGAGAGCGGAUCGGCCACGCCUCAGGACGAAGGCAGGGACGAGUCUCCACCACCCAACGGCGUCCAAGACGAAGACGGCGUCCAGUCCGGCGGACCCAUUCGAAUUCGCAACCUGGAGGAUCUCCUGUGUCAACUGGAGCAGCACCCCGACCAGCAGCAGCAACAACAACAACAACAGCAGCGCCACGUCUCGCCCACCCUGUCCGAAGAGAUUCGUCUGAGCGUGCCCGAAGCCGACCGCCAGUACCUGCUGGAGAGGAAGGACAUUUCGGACAUGGCCAAGCACCACCUGGAAACGGGUCUGGGUUACUUGCUCGGACACAUCCAGCCUCCCUCCGCUAACACCAAAUCGCCGCGUUACUCCAGACACGUGACGCCGGAAGAGGAGGAAGCGGACGACAGCGCCGACGACGACGACGAAGGGAGCACCUUUUCGUCGCAUCACCUGGUGAGGAGUGCCAGCGAGGAGGCUCUGCCGGUGACGGGCAAGCCGGGCCAGCGCCAGCCGCCGGAGGCCGUCAAGCGCGACGGACGCGACUAUUUUCCCAGCCCCCCUUCGGAAGACUCGUACGCCAAUUCGUCGGAAGACAACGCUUUUAUUCCUCCGCCUUCUUCUUCCGCUCCGAGGCCCGAACGAACACAGAAGUCUCAGCCGACCACACCGACUCCUGCACAGAGCACGGCUCAUCCGGCGGGGGUCAAACGGAAAGCCAAGAAGAAGUUCCCCGAGUAUAAAGUGUAAUCGAACUCUUUUUAGAUAAUUAGCCUAGGACAAAGCAGAAACUCUUUGGUAUUUCACUAAUCUUCUCUUUUUUCUUAGUCGUCCCCUUAGCCACUUUCUACACCCGUCUGGCCAGAAACUAGUGUCCCGUUCCCGUCGUCUUCACUCUCAUCACUGGCCCGGUUUCUUCUCUCGAUCGCUCAUCGUCAUCUAAAAACAACCGUCGCGUCCGACAAAAUGUCUACCCCACCGGCCGCCUGCCUAAUUUUUCCUCCUUUCUCGCCUGCUUUCUCCUUUAAAAACUCGCGCGUGACGUUUCACCGCACCGUUUUUGUAUUUACUCGGACGCGGCCUCCUCUUAAUACGGAAAUGGCCGAGUGAAGCUUACGCAAAAGUACACUCCACUUCUUUCUUUGAAAAUUUAGCUGUUAAAUAUGCAAGUUUUCUUGCGCCUUUCCCGUUGGGAAUGCCCAAACCAAAAUUCGAUUUUUCCUAAACGUUUUCUAAUUUUUAUUAUGUAAAAAAAGGCAGAGAAAAAAGUCUGGGUUCGGAGUGGAAUUUUCUAAAACUUCUAUUCGUUUACCGAAAAAAAUAAAGCGUUACACACCUGAAGAACAGCUCAAAAAUUAGCCGACGUCUAUUAAGUAAAAAAAAUCCCAGAUUCUACGGCUUAAAAAGGCAAACUUUUGAAUUUAACAGGUAGAAAAUCGGUUUCCGUUUUACCAAAUUAUCAAAUUAGGGGUUGUCUUUUAUUAUUUUCCGUAAAAUUUAGCAUUUUAAGUGUAAUUUUUACCUAAAAUGUUGCGUGUAAAUGCAAUAAAAAUAGGUGCGAGUGAACGGCCGAGUGCGAGAGAUUAAGCAGUAUUAGUGCGAGAUGUCCGUUUAGACGGUGGAUAAAAGGGUCCCGGUAGAAUUUACCGUCUUCCACUGCCCGUUUACGUGCAUACUUACCGACUACGGAAGUUCGUUCUCUACUCAUUUUACGCGUAACUUAAGAUCGACCCGUUUACAUUCCGUUACCCGCUACCUUUUUAACACUUACUCCUUCGAUUAAAUCGCUGUGAUAGUUCUAGAUAAAAUAUUUUAAAAGAAGUGUAAAUAGGUGAACGUGUAAAUAUACGAACAAGUCGAACCUUCCACGCUCGGUGUCCAGAAGAUCCCGGUUUGGUCGACAUAGAAGAAAAUACCGGCGGAACGGAAGUAUUUGUAGCUUACACAUGUAAUAAAAGGGUAUCAAUCGAUAUUUUAUUCUCGCCGGCCAAGGGGUAGACGGAAAAUUCCAAAGAACUUCCUCCGGUUAAACCUACCGAAUUUUGUUGGUAAAUCGGCCAAGACGAAUUUAAAAUACGCCCGUAGACCCGCCGAUUUAGUCUUUUUAAGUUUUCCUCACUCCAGAAAGAAGGAAACAUCCUUUCUCGUAUUACAUCGCGCCAUUAUAUUAAUACUGGAUCGGACCGGAAUUUAGUGUCCGAAAUGCCGAAAAUCCAGAAAACCGUACGGUUGCGGCCGUUUAAAAAAGAAGCGAAAAAAUCCUCCCAGGGCCCGUAUACCCGAAUCCCAAAACCACUACAGUGUUUGUUGUUAGUGUUACAACGUUUAAACUACGCCUUCCGGUUCCGGAACAGAUCAAAGCUAGAAAAGACGGCCGUCGGAAGAGUUACGUAUAAAACGAAGGACGAUAUAUCGAUUGAUACCCAUGGAAGCGUGGGAGACGGACAGAAAAAAGCCGCGGGUUCGACUCCUAUAAAUGUCAAUUAUGUCGUGUUACGAGGAAAAUAUAGAGAAGUCUAUAUACAGUAUAUAUACAUAUAUAUAUACAUAUAUAUAUGCAAGAAUACCAAGCUGUUCCAUUUGAUAAUUGUUAUCAUAUCGUUUUGUUUCAUUUAGAAGGAAGAGAAACGUGUAGAACCAAUCUCUUUUUGUACUUUUAUUAGAUGAUCUAACAUCAAAAAAAAAAACUUUUCUCACCUCCUCCAAUCGACAUAAUAUAAACAUAUAUAAUAUACCUAUAUACAGUAUUUCCAAAGUUCUGAAUUUUCAUAAAAAUUAGUCAUUGUAGAUAAUUAAACCACGACGAGAAAAAAAAUCAUGUUAAAAAGUCUUGGCUUUGAAUAAAGUUCAAUUUAUGAU